AUGUUCUUAUCUUUUCGCAAAGAUUUUUAUCUCUCUUUACAACCAUUCUAUCGCUUUCUUAUUCUCUAUACAUACACGUUUCCUUCUCUCACUAUCUUUCUCUCUCUGUUUUUAUCUUUCUAUCCCUUCCUGUCUCUCUGUCUUUAUCUCUUUCAUAUUCAUAUCUGUUGCUCUUUCUCUCUCUUUCUCUCUUUCUUUGUUAGUAUAUAUCUUUUGAUUUUUCUCGGUAUGUCUCUUUCUAUCACUUUCUAUUUCUCUUUCUAUAUUUCUCUACCUAUCUAUUUUCAUUACACAUGCUCUCUUUCUCUCUCCCCCUCCCUUUCUCUUUUCUAUUUUGAUUUAUUUCCUUUUCACUAUGCCUCUCUCUAUAUUUUUUUAUUUCUUUUUCGAUAUCCUCUUCCUCUCUCUCUCUCUCUCUCUCUCUCUCUCGUUACUUUCUCUCAUUUUGUCUCUCAAUUAAAAUCUCAAUUUCUUUCUUUAUCUCAUUGA